UCUCAAUUUCAAUUCAAUUUUACUCGAGCAAAGCAAACAGGCAACAUAUGGUUUUUUCAUUUCGUUUGAGGAAACAUUCAUUGCUGAAUUUAAAAGUUUCACAACAGAUCAAUUAAAUACCAACUUCAUAGUUAAAUGUACAACCAAAUUUGUAGUGUGAAAAAAAGAUAAAGCUAUUACCAUCUCAUUUCAGUUUCAUCCUUUCUGUCAACAUAAUUUGAAUUUGACACGAUUAGUUGAAUUAUAUACAUUCUGCCAUGUCGGCAAACAUUACUGAAUUCUAUUCCGUCAAGUCUCCUGUUGGUAUAAGGAAGCACAGCCACUUCUCAAGUUCAGAAGAAAUAGCAGAAGAAACAGAAGCAGAGGAUUCAUUUUUAAAACGGCACCAGAAGUUCAGAAGGAGAAGCAACACUGAAGCUUUCAGACCUUCCCGACUGCCUUGGUGGAUCGACUCGUUCAACUGGGAGUACUUCUUCCUCAGUCGCAGAGAAUACGAACACUUGAUCGACGAGAUAGUUUACCAGUACUCAAUGAGCAAGAAAAAGCUGCAAAGCAAACGCGAAGCGCUUCUGGUUGUGGCGAGUGACCUUGAAUCUUGCAUGGAAGAGCGUGAACAACUUAUUUCAGUUCUGAGAAAAUACAUGGAAAACUGCGAAUGUCCGGCGUCGACUAUUGCAAAAAUCAGUUCGUCUAGCCGACUGGGAACUAAGCCGAAUGUAUUGAAGGAAGUGAAAGAAUUGCCUAAUUUUGAGGCAAGUCAAAGCGAGUUGAAUUUCCUGGAUAAAUAUGCACAAGAUGGUUCAAAGGGUUCAUUGGGAAAAGCGGUCAAAGAUCUGAUCAAACAAAGGUCAAUUUUACGCGAAGAAGUUGAAAGUUUGAAUCAAAGGUUAAAAGAUUCAGAGGAAGAUAUAAAGCUACUAAGACAAACUGUUACAAGACAAAGAACUGGAAACUUCUCUAUGAAUGACAUCGGAUCAUCAAGUUCGUCAAUUAGAAGUUCAAAUUCAAAUAGUUACGGCGGAACCCAACAAAGUUCACAGCUCGAAGCCGCUCUGGACCGAUUAGAGCUUGAGAAAAGUAAAGUAAGCGAAUUGGAAAUUGAAGUAGCCACUUGCAAAGAUAGCUUACGACAGUAUAAGGCUGAGAAAGAGUUUUUCUACCAGAGAGCUGAGCGUUUGAAUCGGGAGUUGAAUUAUAUUUUGAAAAACGAAUCGGAUAAGAGUAUUGUUGAUAUUGAUGCAUUGACGCUUGAAAAUCAAUAUUUAAAACAGCAUAUCACGCAGCUAAACGCAGAGAAAACUUCGCUUAAAGACCAAUAUUCGAAAUUGAAACAAAGUUUUGAAGAGCAAAUUGUGUCUCAGAAUAAUAACAACAACAGCAAUUCAAAUUCAGUAGUGAGGGCUAAAUCGAUCUUCAUCAGGAGCUCAAUGCAAGCCAUGCAAUCAGUCAGAAGUAUCCAAGAGUUUUUACUGGGGACUAAACGGUUGGGGUUGCCUGUAAGCAGACAGGUUGUAGGGGACUUACACGGUCUAGCAACCACUUUAGUCGAAUGUCUGGAUGAUAAAACAGUAGCUCUAGUCCACCAGAGAAAUACAAAUAAAGCACUGGGUGUGCGAGUCCAAGAACUGGAACUGAAGUUGAAGACACUGGAAAACUCUGGCCUCUGGAAUACGAAUAAUCGGGAAAAAAGACUGGACAUGUUGCGGCGUGAAAUUGCGAAUGAUGGUGAUUUGUUGUUACCUGAAUCUAGAUCGUGCGAAAAUUUAGCCGAAGGUUGGGAAAGUCGAAAUGAACUGCAGAUCGAGCCUUUGCGAAGUGUUUUGAGCUCUGAAGAUGUAAACACUGAAAUUAUAGAUGAUGUUAAUCUUGACAAUAAAUUGGAGCUUUUGCAAACAAGCAGUGAGGAGAACUUAAGUUCUGUUAAAAUUGACUCUAAUUUUUUUGUCAAUGGGGAAGAUUCCAGUUCCGAACUCAAAGGAAACGAAUAUCCAUGUCAAAAGAAGACUGAACGCUCAUCAAUUGAGGAUCCUGGAAUUUCAGGUUUUUCGAAUCAAGGUUUUGGACUCUGAGAAUUUUUUGGAUUCUGAGAAUGACGACAAUUGAUACGAAAGAACUGAAUAUUUUUGAAAAUAUUUUAUGAU